AUGACGGACACUACCGCCGUGAACCAGGCGUACUUCAACCAGCUCGCCGCCGAGUACGACUCGCGGUUUGAGAAGACGGUGGGCAGGCUCGAAAAGGAGGUGAGGGGCCUGGUCGACUUCAUCGGCGCCCCGGAGGGCGGCCGCCUGCUGGACUAUGCCUGCGGCACGGGGCUCCUGUCGAGGGCUCUCGGAGAUCGCAUGAGCCAGUGCGUCGGCGUCGACGUCUCGGAGAGCAUGGUCGAGCUCUACAACGCCAAGGCAAAGAGCCAGGGCUUCACCCCCGAGCAGCGCGCCGCCCACGUCGGCAACCUGCUCGACCCAUCCGACGCCUCCCCCACGGCCCUCUCCGACGCGCAGUUCUCCAACUUUGAUGUCGCCGGCGUGGGCGCAGGCUUCCACCACUUCGACGACGCGCACCUCGCGGCGGCGCGCCUCGCGCAGCGGCUCCGCCCAGACGGCGGGGUGCUCUUCAUCCUCGACUUCGUGGCGCACGAGGCGGACCCGGACCACGGCGCAACCAAGGGCGUGCGGCACCACGGCUUCACCGAGGCGCAGAUGCGCGACGUGUUUGAGCGCGCGGGCGUGGGCAGGGGGUUCGAGUUUCGCGUCAUGGACGAGGACGUGGUGUUUGAGAAUGCGCGCGGCGUGGGCAAGCACAUGACGAGGAGGGUGUUUUUCGCGAGGGGCGAGCGCGCGUGA